CAAGUACCUGCCAUCAGGCCCAGAGAAGACCAUAACUCUGUUUUCACCCUCGAUUCUCCGACUAAAGGUCCUGUUCUGUCGCCAAUUGCUCAGUAGAAUCACCAAGAUGUCUCUUGCCAACAAGCUCUCGAUCACGGACGUCGACCUCAAGGGGAAGCGCGUCCUGAUCCGCGUCGACUUCAACGUCCCCCUGGACGCCGACAAGAAGGUGACCAACACCCAGCGCAUCGUCGGUGCCGUCCCGACCAUCAAGUAUGCCAUCGACAAUGGCGCCAAGGCCGUCAUCCUCAUGUCGCACCUCGGCCGCCCGGACGGCAAGGUCAACCCCAAGUACUCGCUGAAGCCCGUUGUGCCCGAGCUCGAGAAGCUGCUGGGGAAGAGCGUGAUCAUGGCCCCCGACUGCGUCGGCCCGGAGGUUGAGGAGAUCGUCAACAAGGCCGACAACGGCCAGGUCGUGCUCCUCGAGAACCUGCGCUUCCACAUCGAAGAGGAGGGCAAGGGCACCGAUGCCGAAGGCAACAAGAUCAAGGCCGACAAGGCCAAGGUGGAAGAGUUCCGCAAGGGACUGACCAAGCUUGGCGACAUCUACAUCAACGAUGCUUUCGGUACCGCGCACCGCGCCCACUCGUCCAUGGUUGGCGUCGACCUCCCGCAAAAGGCGGCCGGCUUCCUCAUGAAGAAGGAGCUCGACUACUUUGCCCAGGCGCUCGAGGCGCCCAAGCGGCCAUUCCUGGCCAUCCUGGGCGGCGCCAAGGUGUCGGACAAGAUUCAGCUCAUCGACAACCUGCUGGACAAGGUCAACACGCUCAUCAUCUGCGGCGGCAUGGCCUUCACCUUCAAGAAGGUGCUCGACAACAUGUCGAUCGGCACCUCGCUCUUCGACGAGGCUGGCGCCAAGACGGUCGGCGACCUCAAGCAGAAGGCCGAGAAGAACGGCGUCAAGCUGGUCCUCCCCGUCGACUACAUCACGGCCGACAAGUUCGACAAGGACGCCAACACGGGCAAGGCCACCGACGCCGAGGGCAUCCCCGACGGCUGGAUGGGUCUCGACUGCGGCGAGGAGUCGGUCAAGCUCUACAAGGCCGCCAUCGACGAGGCGCAGACCAUCCUCUGGAACGGCCCGGCCGGCGUGUUCGAGUUCGACAAGUUCGCCUCCGGCACCAAGGCCACGCUCGACGCGGCCGUCGCGGCCGCCCAGAGCGGCAAGAUUGUCAUCAUCGGCGGCGGCGAUACCGCCACCGUUGCGGCCAAGUACGGCGUCGAGGACAAGCUCAGCCACGUGUCGACUGGCGGUGGCGCCAGCUUGGAGUUGCUCGAGGGCAAGGCCCUGCCGGGUGUUGUCGCUCUGAGUGAGCGCCAGUAGGUCUCGAGAGAGAGAGAGAGUGAAGAUGAGAGUUAGGGGAUCUUAGUAACGAAACUAGGAAGGCAAUGCUUUGAAUGACAGAUUCCCCCUCGGUUGUAAUUAGCCCUUCCUUGCGAGCAAUUCUACAGAGUUCCUUUGC